AUUGUGGGAAGACAUGGCAGCUUCCGCUGUUUGUGUUCACUGAGUUUCCGCACUAAUCAGUCACUAAAUUGCUGAAGUAAAGUUAGCUUAAUAAGUUUAUCAGCGCCGCGGUUAGGGUUAUUUCGGAAUGGAGGAGAGCGCAAGUGUGGACAGUGUGGAGUCGCUGUGCAGCUCCACUACGACCCGCUCUGAUCGCUCAAGUGGCCCCAAAGUUUCAGACACAGAGCUGCGGAGUAAAGGAAGGCCAAUUGAAAAGAUGUACAAAGACCCAAGUAAAGGCGAACUUCCUCUUCUGCCUGUGGAACUGGUUCAGGAGUCCGCUAAAGACGUGACAUACAUUUGUCCAUUCAUUGGGCCUAUUAGAGGGAGUCUGACCGUCACUAACUACAGACUGUUCUUCAGAUGCACUGACAGGGAGCCAGUGUUUGGGUUAGAUCUUCCCCUGGGAGUAUUGAGCCGAGUAGAGAAGAUCGGAGCAGCAACAGGCAGAGGAGACGUCUCGUAUGGCUUGGCAUGCAAGGAUAUGAGAAACCUGCGUUUUGUACACAAAGAGCCUGACGACUCGCUAAAGAAAUCAGUGUUUGAGGUCCUGAUGAAGUUUGCUUUUCCAGUGUCAAACAACAUGUCUCUUUUUGCAUUCGAGUAUAAGCAGGUGUUUCCUGAGAACGGAUGGAAGGUGUAUGAUCCUCUGGCUGAAUGCAAGAGACAGGGUCUCCCGAAUGAGAGCUGGAGGAUCUCCAAAUUAAAUGAUCACUAUGAGCUGUGUGAUUCGUACCCAGCGACUCUAGUUGUGCCAGUAACCAUCACUGACGAUGAACUGCGCCGUGUCUCCAGCUUCAGGGCCAAAGGACGCAUUCCAGUGCUUUCAUGGAUCCAUCCUGAGAGUCAGGCUGCGGUGGUUCGCUCCAGUCAGCCAAUGGUGGGCCAGAACGGACGACGCUGCAAAGAGGAUGAGAAGCUCCUUCAGGCCAUCAUGGAUGCAAACGCGCAGUCGCACAAACUGUUCAUAUUCGACGCCAGGCCCAGUGUGAAUGCUGCAGCAAACAAGAUGAAAGGAGGUGGGUUUGAGAGUGAAGAUGCUUAUCAGAAUGCUGAGCUGGUGUUUCUGGAUAUCCAUAACAUUCAUGUUAUGCGCGAGUCACUGCGAAAACUUAAGGAGGUCGUCUAUCCAAACAUCGAGGAAUCCCAUUGGCUGUCCAACCUCGAGUCCACACACUGGCUGGAGCAUAUAAAGUUGAUUCUAGCAGGCGCUUUAAGAAUAGCUGACAAAGUGGAGUCUGGGAAGACGUCAGUGGUGGUUCAUUGCAGUGAUGGCUGGGACAGAACCGCUCAGCUCACCUCACUGGCCCUCAUCAUGCUGGACUCGCACUACAGAACCAUUCGAGGCUUUCAGAUACUGGUGGAGAAAGAGUGGCUCAGUUUCGGACAUCGCUUCCAACAGCGAGUGGGUCACGGUGAUAAAAAUCACACAGAUGUAGAUCGCUCUCCAAUCUUCCUGCAGUUCAUUGACUGUGUGUGGCAGAUGACAAGACAGUUUCCAGCAGCUUUUGAGUUCAAUGAGUAUUUCCUCAUUACAAUACUGGAUCACCUCUACAGCUGCCUAUUUGGCACGUUUCUGUGUAACAGUGAACAGCAAAGACUCAAAGAAGAAAUCCCGAAGCGCACUGUCUCUCUCUGGUCAUUUGUGAACAGUCAGUUGGAGGAGUUUGUGAAUCCGCUGUACGUGCACUACUCUUCUCAUGUGCUGUUCCCCACUGUGGGUAUUCGACACCUGCAGCUAUGGGUCUCCUACUACAUACGCUGGAAUCCUCGUAUGCGGCCACAGGAGCCUGUCCAUCAGCGCUACAAAGAGCUGCUAGCGAAGCGUGCAGAGCUUCAGAAGAGAGUUGAGGAGCUGCAGCGUGAGGUGUCCAGCCGAACGGCCUCCUCAUCCUCCGAGAGGGCAGGCUCUCCUACACGCUCCAUCACCCCGGUGCAAACCUUCGUUUAAGCACUCCACAGACUGAUGAAUGUAGAUCCUUCACACACCACGUGAGCUACACGCGGUUCUCCUGUUACAUGCAGUGAUGCGCAACUGAUGUACAUCCACACACUAACAUUCACCUCGCUGCUACCAGCUGGCUGGAUGGAUGAUGCUUUUAAUCACUAAAACUGUUUGAUACUGGUAUUAUAUUAAUACAUUUAUUGAGACUAGGGAAGCAUUAAUACAUGUUAGAAACAUUACUCUAUAAGCUGUAUGUAGUUGAACUCUGCGACUGAGCAUCACAUGACCAAAGUAUUGUGAUGUCACUGAGAUUCUGCCUGCGUCAUCGCGGUGCGGAGGGAAGUGGAGGUGAGUCUUUCCUUCUUCAGGGUUUUACGUGUCUACUUGAAAUUGCAAACUUUCUAGGGCUUGUUUAAAAGGACACUAUCUAAUCAUGUUAUAGAAUAUGCUCUAUAAUCUAACUUUUGCUUAGACAUUAACAAAGUGUUUUGACACUAAUUUAAUGGCAGUGCUAAUCCACAGCAAUAAAACACUUGCAGAAUGUGGGUCUAAA